ACAUUCUUAAGAGGAAUGCAAUACUCUUUAAAGUUUCGUCUUUUCAAUUAAAAUCAAAACUCCCAGACGAUCGUACGUAGACCGAGAAGAGCAGUGCACUGUAGCUUGUCCCGUGAUCGCGUUAAAAUUCGAUGGCGUUCGCCGCGUGGAUCAAACAGCCCCAAGAGGCCUUCUAUCCACUCCACUGCCUCUCCUGUUCUGCCUUUCGGCGCAUGCGCGCACACGCGCCUCCACAUCCCGAGAGCCUUUAGUACGGGGUUUGUGUGUUGAGCCAAAAAAAACCGCCUUCAUCCACAACGCAACCGAAAUAUGGCUUUUCAUCGAAAUGGAACAUAAAAUACGGCUUUCAGGGGAGAUAGGGAUUCGUGAGAAAAACGCCCGACCGCAUUUUUGUUGGUCUUUGUGCGUUGCUGGAGGUAGAUGGUAUCCAGCGAGCUGUAUCUGGCAGAGGAAGACGACGACUCGGCGAGUAAUAUGAAGGAGAUGAUCGGUGGUUGCUGCGUCUGUUCGGAUGAGAGAGGCUGGGCCGAAAACCCCCUCGUCUACUGCGACGGUCACGGCUGUAACGUUGCUGUCCACCAAGCCUGCUAUGGUAUUGUCCAAGUCCCCACAGGCCCCUGGUUCUGCAGGAAAUGUGAAUCACAGGAACGGGCUGCCAGGGUGAUUAAAGGGUGGAGGGGGAGAAAGCCGAGCUGGCAGACCCCUGAAGGAGGAGGACUGUCCACCACCUGUAACAAAGAGGAGGAGGACAGCAGACUGAGCAGAAGCUUAAAAACUUUGAACAUAGUGAGGUGUGAGCUGUGUCCCCACAAAGACGGAGCGCUGAAACGAACAGAUAAUGGAGGUUGGGCCCAUGUGGUUUGUGCUCUUUACAUCCCAGAAGUUGAGUUCGCUAAUGUAUCCACCAUGGAACCUAUUGUGCUUCAGUCUGUCCCCCAUGAACGUUAUAACAAGACGUGCUACAUCUGUGAAGAACAGGGCCGUGAGAGCAAAGCUGCUUCUGGAGCCUGCAUGACAUGCAACAAACAUGGCUGCCGACAGGCCUUUCAUGUCACAUGCGCUCAGCUUGCUGGGUUGUUGUGUGAAGAACAGGGCUCAGAUGCUGAUAAUGUGAAAUACUGUGGAUACUGCAAGUACCAUUACAGCAAGCUGAGAAGGAGCAAAGGCCGUGGUAGUAGGGCUCAAAGCUUAAGUGAUUCUUCCACUCACUCUUUGGAUAAGCACCAUGACAAGGAAAAGAAGAAACAUAAAGAAAGAGAUCGCCACAAACCAAAGCACAAAAAGUCUUUGGAAAUGACGCCUUCCCUGGUGCCAGCACUGAUGGUGUCCUCUGAGAAGAGCUACAGCAGCAGUGGCGGAAGUGUCUCCUCCAUCUCCUCCACUCAGAAGCGACUUGAUGACAGUGGAGGCCGUUUCACCAAUGCCAACUUUCAGGAAGUUCCAACUCUCUCCAGUUCCAGCUCCAAGGAUGGCGGCUCCUCGGAUGGUAAGAGCUCGGAUGGCAAAAGCAAGAAGUCCAGCUGUCACGGCACGAGCUCAAGCUCGGCAUCCAGGGGCCGCAAGUCCGUGCCGAGCAAAACCCACGGUCCUGUGGUCACCACUGCGACUUCAUCCACGGCCCCCUCCUCGACCAGUCCUUUUCAGCAAGGUCUUUUAUUAGGCAGCAGCAGCAGUAAAUCAGCCACUAGUGGGUCUGUGGUUCAACCCACAUCUGAUUUCCUCAGCUUCUCUGAUCCCAGCCUGAGGGCCAGCGACUCGUACACGCCUCCAUCCUUUGGCCGUUGCCACUUGAAGGGUGGUGCAGAAAGCGGAGCCUCUGAAGGCAUGGUGGCUCUCAACACCUUCAGCGUGAUGUCCCUCCCCCAAAGCUCCAGCAAGCAUUAUGAAAACUGUCACCCAGCAGGAGAGCUGGGUGGCCUGGCCUCCGCCGGCUACAAACGACCCCAGCCCUCCUCGUCCUCUUCCUCUGCGACAUCAUCUUCAUCUACAGGCGAGGAUGGAGUGAAGAAGAAGAAGAGAGGGAACUGGAGGAACCGGUAUGGGCCGUGCUUUACCACCCAGGACGGUAAAACCACUGAUACCGGAGAGCACGGAUCCACAAUGCCCUCAUCCACCUCCCCUUCGCCAUCCUCCAUGAGCACCAUGUCCUGCCGUGGGAGCACCGUUAGCAGUACUGGAGGUGUGGGAGCAGUGGGUGCUGGGAGCAGCAGUCUGGGGAUUCAGAAGUCCCCAUCCCUCCUCAGGAAUGGAAACUUACAGGGUAUGACUGUCAGUUCCCCACCUGCUGGACCAGGUUCGUACCCCAGCAGUAGUGAUGUAGCCUGCUCGUUGUCCAGUACGGUGCUUGGAGGGUCUCUCUCCGGAUCCAGUUCUGAGUUACCUGCUCAUCAGUCUGUGGUCACUUCAAUGCCCACUCUCACCUCACUACCCCCGACCGCCCCGUUCACCAGCACUUCAUCUACACAUUCAAACUCACUACCGGGAUCCUUUAACCUGGCGCCAUCCCAUAUGUUCGGAAACAGGCUGAAUCCGAACUCCGCUAUGGCUGCACUGAUCGCCCAGUCCGAGAGCUCCCCAGCAGAUCAGGAACUAGGAGACGGAGCUCUCGGCUUCUCCAGAAGAGGAAACUCACCAAAGACAAGCCUCUCCCCUCGGUCUCCGUUAAGUGGGCUUCAUAUCAGAUAUGACUCGUCAGGACCGUUGGUUCCAGGACUCGGCUCUGGUUCGGAUCCAUUGCCCCCUGUGGUCACCAGCAUUGACCAGCUGCUGGAACGGCAAUGGAACGAAGGACAGCAGUUCCUCCUACAACAGGGCCCACAAGGAGAUGUUCUGGGAAUGCUUAAGUCCCUGCACCAGCUCCAGGUGGAAAACAGGCGUCUGGAGGAACAAAUCCGAACUCUUACCAUGAAAAAGGAACGACUGCAGCUCCUGAGCGCUCAGCUCUCUGUGCCUUUCACCCCCACGAGCACCACGGCCACCACUGCCUCAUCUCCUCUGUACCCCAGCAACACUCACCCAGACAUGCUGCACAGCAAGAGCAUUCAGCUAGGCAGCAGUGUUUUAACAGAGUCCUCUCAACCCUUGCCCACUCAGGAUCCCCUGUCUGGUGGCCAUAGUAGCGGAAGUAGCACGUCCUCUCUCUCCACCCCUCCUUCUGCGGCCCACAGUCCUCCCCAGCAGCAGGUGAAUGGAGUCGGCAUGGCCGGGGUGGCCAUCCAGCCUGGCAAUGCCAACUCGUCCCUACCUGCCAUAGCCGGGGUGACUGGCCUGAUGGGCGCUCUGCAAGGAAACCAACUGGCCAUGGGUGGCAUCGUGGGCGCCAUUAACCGAGUGCUCCAGAACAACAGCCCCCUGCCCCAUCCCUCAACAGCUACCAGCACAUCCCUGCCCUUGUCCAACAGCCUCAGUAACAGCAGCAUGGCUACUGUGAAAACCAGUGCUUUGCAAGGAAACCACCUGGCCAUGGGUGGCAUCGUGGGCGCCAUUAACCGAGUGCUCCAGAACAACAGCCCCCUGCCCCAUCCCUCAACAGCUACCAGCACAUCCCUGCCCUUGUCCAACAGCCUCAGUAACAGCAGCAUGGCCACUGUGAAAACCAGUGCGGAAAGGCUUUUCACCGAACAGCACAGGCAGAUCCUCCUCCAUCAGCACCAAUUGCAGCAGAUUUUCAACUCCCAGCAGGUCACGCCGGAACAGCAGCAGGUUCUGCUCUAUCAGUUAAUGCAACAACAGAAGCAGCAGCAGCAGCAACAACAACAGCAGCAGCAGAAUGACAUACAGCUGCCAAUCAACAGCCUCCUGCCCGGCAUACAGCCAGCCAUCUCCACAAACCCCUUCCUCGCCAUGCACAACGACAACAACCCUCCCAAAACUGGAGCUGGUACUGCAACUAUCAAACAGACAAAAAGACUUGGGGAGAAGGCUGUGUCUGUAACAGGACAGGAGAAGACCUGAUGCAAAAAAAAUGAUUAAAAAAACAUAAUGUUGGAGGAGUUCUGCCUUCUGGAUCCCUCUCAUCUGUCCACCCCAACAGGCUGGCAAUCUGAGCAGAGCAGCAAGACCAGAACGUUCACCCACCGCACAAAAGCCUCACCAGCACCAGCCUUGAUUUGAACACACACACACACUCUUUUGCCAGUUUGAUGCCCAUCUGGCAAACAACAUGCUGCACUGAGUUUGAGUAAAUCACUUGCUGUAAACUUACUGGGUCCCAUGGGGCCCAAAUGACAGGCUCACACACACAUAUGUGCACACAGGCGCAGUCUUUCUCACUCUGCCAGUGUGCUGAAAAUGACACACUGGUGCGAGUCUCUGUGGGCGGAAAGUGGAGACGGAGGUCUCGGUUGGUGGCGCUUCUGGAACAGUGUUACCUCUCUGUACCCCUUUAACAAGGAACUUCUCGUGAUAAUCUUAAUAAAAGCCCGGUCGUAGUUGUCCGUCUGUGUAUUUAAAGGCAUCAAAUGUUUCAAAGCUGACAUUUGCGCACCAUGAAGGCCUUCUCCGCAUCCCGAUCUUGAGCUUCUCCUGUGAGGAGGCGGCGUCCCAAAGGUCCACAAAUUUGUCUCUCUGACCCUGCUGCACUCUUUGAAGAGCAACUACCUCUCAAGCCAGGACACAUAGACGAGGCCCUGAACCCAAGUGCCUGGCCCCAUCUCCAAGCUCUCAGCGAGGGGCCGCGUGCUGGAGACGCUGCCAGUCUCUUCCCCCCCCUCCCCCUUUUCCAGUCGAUCCAUUUUUGUGAAAUUAAUUAAUACCAAUCGGCGUCACUCAGGCAAUACCAGUUCAGAGAGUCGCAGAUCUCUGCCUGUACAGUGAUUACACUGAAGAGAAAAAAAAACUGAUUUCGAAUGUUUGUGUUGCAUUGAUCAUUUUUGAAGCCACGUUUCUAUUGUUCUUUUUUUAUUUAUUUGCAUUUGUUGCAUGUUGGGCGCAAGGUAAUAUUUUAACGCUCAACUCACAAAAUGUUUUUAUACUACUGUACAAAAUUCUCAGCUCUUUUGAGUCUCGUAAACAUUUUGAUGAACAUGUCUGGUGUUUGAAGUUCUAAGAAAAGAAAAAGCCUACUUGAUGAUUUUGUGGUCUUGUAAAUACGCCUGUUUUUCCUCUUUUCUUUUUGUUGCGAUGUAAAUCAACAGAUGCAUAUUAAGAAUAAGCUGUCAGAAUAAAUAAGAUUUAGUUUAGCACACCUUUACCUCUUUUCUGUUGUAAAUACAUAUUUGUGAUUCACUUAGUGGUGUGAAGGACUGUUUUAAAGCACUGUCGGUGUGUUCAGAACUUUUUCAACAGGCUUUACACAAGACUGGUGACUGAAUAAAGUGUAUUAAUUUAUUUUUGUAUGUGCAGGGACUUCUCUCUCUCUUUUUUUUUUUUUUUUUUUUUUGCACCGUUUUAUUGAUGUGGUUUUAUACGUUAUAGAUGUGGUAUGUCCACGUUCUCAUGUAUCUGUACAGAAAUUAUGCAAAAUCUCUAAAGUUUGUAUUUAAAACACCGAAAGUGAAACCACACGAGUCCUGCUUCAUAUUAAGAAAUUCUGAACACUGAGAUUGUAGUGUUGCGCUUUUUUCAGUGAUAAAUUAAAAUCUGUUUAUAACAA